AUGAAUCGGAGUGAAGAAAGAAGGGAAGGGGCCCCUCUGAAUAAAACCCCUGUGAGUAAGGACUGUGGUUGCCACACCAAACCUCAGAGGUAAGAUGAUUCUUCUCCCCUUUAAAAUACUGUUCACCCAAACUAUGGUAUGUUCAAACAAAUUUGUGUGUUGUGUUUAAGUCUACAGACACAACAUGGACCACACAAUACUGAACAUGGACCUGGACCCAGCUGUAUGUCUACCAAGAGUGACAAGUCCAUCGAUCGUUUCAUUGACCUCAAAGGUGGAGAGCACUCUUCUGAUCUAAGGUAAGACCCAAUCCCUGUCCAAUUCCCUUGACCCCACCCCUAAUUUUUGAGUGUAUUGGUGGCCCAUAAAAAGAUGAGCCACAAAGGCCACACGAAUUAGAACCUGGCAAAUGACCUCAAGCUCAGCCAGCUUUGACAUGCUCCUAUAUAGACAGGGGAACUUCAUAAACAAGGCAAGACUUAAUUCCAAUAAUUAACAGUUUGUAUAACACCACCAAGUGGUUGAAUGGGUUGAACCCUUUGAAUUUGACUUAAAGGUUAAGGUUCUGGAGAAUUUACCAAGAAACCCCCACCCCUGUUCUAACCCAAUCAGUUUUAAUCAAUCUAACCCUACUUUUGGUAGCCUUUCAUUACCAAAUGGUUCUUCGCAGGAAAGCUACAUGUGCAGGACUCUGACUCUGUAGCCCAGAGAAUCAGACACAGCUAUAAUGUCUUGGCAGUGCAUCUAGGCCAACAGUAGAACUGCAAUGUUUGUGAAAUAAAUUAACAUUAAGUAAGUUUGGACACCAGUUUGUCAGGUGAAAAUGAUCCUUGCUGUUGUUGUGUUUGAGUCCCAAGAAACAGAAAAGACCAGGCUGUCCUGAACCAACAUUUAUGUCCACCAAGAGUGACCAGUCAAUUGGUCAUUUGAUUAACUUCCAAAAUGGACAGCACUCCUCUGAUCCAAGGUAAGGCCCAAUCCCAAUAGUAUACCCUUAUGGCUUACAUAUUGUCAGUACACUUGCUAGGAAAUGGGACAUGAAUGGAAGAGCCACAAUGGAAUUGGUUGAAGAUAUUCCCCGGAAAACCCCUUUAUAAAUUUUUGAGACCCAGUCUUAACUCCAUCCUCUUGACCCUAUCCUUCCAGUGCCUUCACUUCAUUUCCAAAGUUAGUUUUUAGUAAGAAUUUUUCCAGAGAGCAUUAACUAGAUUGGUAAUAAAAAGUGACUUGAAUGAUGAUCAUAUCUGGUUUCAAUAUGUUUCUUUCAGCAUCCAACAACAAAUGCAGAACUCACAUGGACCAAGUUGUAUGUCUCUGAGUGACAGAUCUGUAGAUCGAUUUUAUGACUUCAAAGGUGGAAAGCAGUCAAAUGAUCAACAGUAAGGGUUUCAAGUGGAUAUUUCUAGCAGUCCUAUUUAAAACUGUUAAUUCUGGUGUCAUACUUUAUACUGUGUUCUAGUUUAAAGCUGAUGAAGUUAAUUGUUUGAGAACUAGUACAUUAGCUUAGUGUACAAAUUAAUGUACGUUUAAAGCUUUUUUCUCUACAGAGUUUCUCAGAAGAACAAAGAGGUUUACAGUGAUCAGCAGCCUCCUAUAGACCUGGACUCUGUAUUUUCGGUAUGUCCAUGUACCAGCAAAGUCAUUAAUAGAAAUUAAACAUUUUGCUAAAUCAGUUAAAUAAGUAACCAAGGUAACAAAGCAUAUUGUUUGGCAAAGGACAUAACAGGGCAAAAACAUUAAUGGUUUCAAUUUACAGGACAGAAAAAAACAGCACACACACAAAAAAAACAAACAAACAAAAAAAAAACAGUGAAAUCAAAGUUGCAAAAUGUCUCUCUUUUCCAGCUCCUUCAGGGAAAAAUUGUCACCUUUGUGAAAAAUGAGCUAAAGAAGUAUCAGCAGGUUCUAACCAGAGAUGACCCAGAAUUCCCAGAGAGUGGGGACAAUGGGAUUGGUGAUGAUACAGGGCUAAGAAGCAGUAGAGAGGCACUUCUGAAGAUCACACUGCACUUCCUGAAGCUAAUGAAGCAUGAGGCCCUGGCAGACAGUCUGCAAAGCAGUGAGUCAUUUUACUGA